AGAUGUUGGGAUCAAUUGAUCAAUGAAUCUUAGUCUUUUGCUUUUGCAUUCUCUGCUUCUUCUUCUUCUUUCUUGUUAGCUUCUUCUGUAUUUUGCAUCAAUUAUCAGAACAUGGAAGAUCUCACCUCCUCCCAUUGGGAAUCCACCAAUAUAUUUGACGAUGAUUCCUUUGCGUCUCCCUAUGAUCAUCCAGUAGAUCCAACUGAUAAUCCUUUUUCUCAGAUGGACACCAAGAAACAGAUUGAUACUCAGUCCACUGUCGAUUCACAAAAAAGUCCUCACGAUUCUAUUAUUCAUAGCGAUAAACCUCUUUCUGAUCAUGAUCAUAGAGGAAACCUUUAUGUUAGUAACGACAAUCUCAAUGACACAACUUCAUUAGGCAAAAGGUUGUCUGAAACUCACUUAUCGGAGGUACCACUACUUGAUUCUUCCACAGUAUCAAAUGAUAACAUCAAUAACAACAGUAGUCAUUUCAAUGAAAACGAGAAUAAUAAUCAAGAAAAUGACAAAAAAGAUUUAUUUUUUUCACUAACUGAUGAUAUUCGCAAUAAUGACACUUUGAUACCUAACAACCCUCAAUUUCAACCAUCCAGAAUAAACAAAAAUGAUGCUUUAUUUAAUGAUUCCAACGAGCAAGUAAUUGAUGGUAACGUAAUUGAUAAACUUGACAACAAUGAACUAGUAAAUCAGUCAAAAUCAACUAAUACCCCGAUUAAAAUGUACAAGGCUAAAAGACCUCGUCGUCAUCGUCGUCAAAGCAUUUCCAACUUGGAUGGACUUGUAGAAUCAAACAACAAUGAAAAUCAUGCUAACAGUUAUAUUGAUAGCGGUGAUGAUAACAAUAAUGAUAACAAUAUCAAUAUCAAUAGUAAUAGUAAUAGCAUAAAAAGAAGAGAUUCAGAUCCUUUAAGUGCGAGAUUAGCUAAUACUGAACCUCCAAAGGUUACUCAUUCUAUAAUUAAACAUCAAUCUCCUGCUCAACUCUUGAUAAAAUCUAUUGAUGCUCCGUUAUUUGAUAUAAGCUCAAGAACAUCUGAUAUUUUGGGUUAUUCUCAUGAUGUUCCUGAUUCUUUGGCAUCUAUAACCACAAUAAAUUCUAAAAUUGGAGCAUAUUUCAAAAAUUUGGAUAUAAAUUCGGCUAACCCAUCACUAAGUGAUGAAAGUGAUGACCUAAAUAAUCUUAAUCUCGAUAAGAAUAAAAAACCUGAAAUUCCCUUGAAUAAAUAUGACAUAUUGGUUGGUGAUCCAGUAAAAGUUGGAGAUUUGACUAAUGCUCACAUCGUUUAUUCUGUUAAAACUAAAACUGAUUCUAAAAAUUUUAUUGAUAAUUUAAAUAAAAAUAAAAAUAAGAAUUUUCAGAAUAAUGAAACCAUUGUUUCAAGGAGAUAUAGAGAUUUUAGAUGGGUUUAUCAUCAAUUACAAUCAAAUCAUCCAGGAAUGAUAAUUCCUCCUCCACCAUCCAAACAGGCAAUGGGUAGAUUCAAUGAAAAUUUUGUUGAAAAUAGAAGAUCAUCAUUGGAAAAAAUGUUAAUAAAAAUUUCUCUUAAUUCCAUUUUGCAAAAUGAUGAAGAUUUUAUAAUGUUUUUACAAAGUGAAAAAUUUAGUCAAGAUUCAAAAGAAAGAGAAAGAGCGACUGGCUCAGGUGCAUCUUCUGCGACAGAUGAUGUUAGCUAUUCAAUAGAUUCCAAUUCUUCAAGUAGUAACAGUAAUAAUACAAAUGGGAAUAGCUCAAGUAAAAGUAGUGGAUUUAUGGGUGCAUUCGGAUUAGGUGGAGCUCUUGAAAAGGCAUUUAGUAACCAACCAAAGAUUGUUGAACCCGAUGAAUAUUUUAAGGAUAUCAAGAUUUACAUUGAGACUUUGGAUAAUAAUCUAAAAUGCUUUUAUAAAGUAUUAGAAAAUGUCAUUCAACAAAAGAAAGAGUUGACAUCUGUUACAGAAGAGUUUUCAAUAACUUUAUCAAUUUUAUCGGAUUUGGAAAUUAAUAAAAAAACUAGCGAGUUGAUUUUAGAAUUUUCAAAGAUUGAGUUAAGAAUUAAAGAGCUUUUGGAAAGAAAUUGUUUGCAAGACAUGUUGACUUUAGGAAGUGUAUUGGAUGAGUAUGUUCGAUUAAUUGGAUCAAUUAAACAAGCAUUCCAACAAAGAGUGAAAAUUUUACAACUAGUUGGAAAUGUUGAAAGUGAAGUCAAUAAAAAACAAUUAACAUUAGAUAAAUUUUAUAAGAGCCAUCGAAAUCAAAUUGAUAAGAUCAAUAAUCUUAAAAAUGAGUUGUCAAUUGUUGAAAAUAAAAAGGCUAGUUUGAAGAUAAAGUUUGAAGAUAUUUCAAGUACAAUUAAGAAAGAGAUGGAAAGGUUUGAAGUUGAAAAGAUCGAGGAUUUCCGAAACUCUGUCGAAAUGUAUUUGGAAAGCUUGGUAGAAAACCAGAAACAAUGUAUUGAAAUGUGGGAGACUUUUUACGAGAGGUACAAUUUGGGGAAGGACGAAAGUGAGCAGAAUAAUAUUAGAGUAUCUGAAAGCAAAUAAAAGAAAAAGUGAAUAAGAUGCAGAUUAUUUAAUAAUUAGUUUUUAUAAUUUUCUUUUGUUUAUUUUGAUAUAUAUUUUUCACGUUAAAAAAAAAGUUAAUAUAAACUGGU